AUGGUCUUCAUCGUGUGCUUGGCGGCUCUCUUAGCAGUGGCGAAAGCCAACAAUUUCGGCUUCAACAUCGCCCAAAAUCGUCCCACCGGCUCCAGCAGUGUCUUCGUCAACGGUGUUCCUCCCAUCACCGCCAGCUCAAACCUCGCCGUCGACGGCAAUUUCAACUCCGACUUCUUUGCCGGCUCGUGUUUCUCCAGCGAUGUUCCGGCGAAUGACCCCAACCCCUUCUGGUUCGUGGACCUGGGGUCCCGUCGCUACGUAUCCGGCCUUACCCUCACCAACAGGGGCGACUGCUGUGCUGAUCGUCUGAGUGGUCUUACGAUCGAGGUCUUCGAGUUUAAUCCCACAACCAGUACCGAGACUCCUGAGUUCUGCGCCAUGGUCAUUGGUGGAGUGGCCCUUGGUCAAACUGUUUCACUCUCCUGCUCUCCGACCGUGACUGGACGCUACGUCCGUAUCAGAAAACCCGCCGCCACCGACCCUCUCACCAUCUGCGAAGUCACUGUGUCCGGAGGCGAUGUCAACAUCUGA